ACAGAUCUCCUAGCUGUGGUAUGAUAUUAACGCUACGGUCGAGCGAAGGAGGAAACUUGGUAUAGUUACGAUAAAACGUGUGAUGUGAUCCCCUUUUACACGCUUACGUGAUGGAGGAAUAUAUAAAGAAGAGAUUUAUAAACAAAACUUAUAAUGACCAACAUGAUCAGCACCUUGUCAACUAACAGCCGGAAAGGUUAGGGCAGGAGUUAGGUCAACUAUAGACCCAAUCCACUCAACGGAAACCGGCACAACUUUCAAACGUGCGGGGAUUUGUAAGUCUUGGUCAAUUCCCAUCACGUGUCAAGUAACGGAAACGUUACACGUUACCUCCAGCGUUGACAGCCCUUGUAUGACGGAUUGACAAAGGAAUAGGAUUGACCUAUAUCUCAAACAGCUUCCUGGGAAUUGUUCCAUUAAAAAAGGAACGGUAAUUUAUUGAACAGCUACAUACAUAUACAUACAAUCCUUAUUCAAGGUUUCGAGAUAAUCUUGAGAUUCUGUGACAGUUCACAAUUCGGCUUUCAUGACAACAAGAUCAAUAUCUGUCCGGUCUCUAAUCACUAAAUGAAACAGCGAGAUGUAAGUUGUAACCAACGACAUUUUGCAUGCCCAUCUUUCUAAGGGAACGUGUGGUAAAUCUGUGAUUAUUAUUCUAGUGGCAGUGCUAUGAAUUGUUCAACAGUUUGAGUACCUCAAUUCAGACAGCUUCGCUCGUCACCGGGAAAUUAUCCCCCCGCAUAUGCGAAAUACAUUCCAGAGACAUUUCAAGCCACAUUGGAGACGGAAACUAAUAAGCCAUGUCCAAUUCUGUUGCGAUUGCUGAGCACUAUGGUCUAAUGAGUGAGGCCAGCGUGGUUGACAGUAACAACAACAAUCUCUCAUUCAAUUCCUCGGACCACCGAACGGACUACAAUAAUCCCGCGUACAGUGAUUACGAUGCUAGUUACUUAGAAAUGCAGAGCCUCAACACUAUUUUCACUUUCUACAUGCCGCCGAUACUGAUUCUCAUAGGAUCUAUUGGCAACAUUAUCACACUGAUUGUGCUCCACCAGAAAACGUUCAAACCCUACUCAAUCAGUUUUUACAUGUCGUCCUACGCCAUAGCCAAUCUCCUGACUCUCUAUCUGUUUCUGGGCUCCGAGUGGAUUGCCGAGGUGGCUGAUGAGAAAACAAUAGAUAACCGAUCUGAUUGGUUGUGUCGAUUGUGGCAGUUUAUAAUGCGCGUGAUAUCGUACUCUGGAAUCUGGUUUGUUGUUGCCAUGGUGAUUGACCGGUACAUCAUUAUCUGGCACCCAUGGAAGGUGUCGUCAAUGUGUACUAUUUUCAUGGCUAAAUUUGCGGCGGUCAUCAUCAUUGUGGGCCUUGUAGUGGUCAGUAUCCACGCCAUGUGGACGUACGAACUAAUGAACCAUUGCUACCCACUCCACAAUGAGAAUGAUAUCCACGCCAUGAUUUGGCCAUGGAUGUCUGCCUCGUUUUACUCGUUUAUCCCCCUCGCGCUUCUCUUCAUUUUUAACAUCCUUAUUGUAGCGGGACUCUGUCUUAAGCGACCGGUCAAGCAUAGCCACAACCUUGGUCCCCACCAGAUGGUGCUUACUCACACCACAUUAGCACUGUCCACAAUCUACUUCCUGUUAGUGCUACCCCCGACUGUGAUGAACAUCAUUAACAAGACAUUUCCGCCAUCGUGGCUGCAGGACGGUGCUUUAAUGGUUCAAAUGGAGCGUGCCCGAGUCGCGACAUAUUUCAUGGCCUGGGUCAACACUGUUAUACUGUUCUGUCUGUGCCUUCUCUUCUCUAGGACAUUCCGUGGCGAGUUUGUUGACAUUCUGACUUCAAAAUUGUGUUUCCGCCACCAAAGUCGUAUCUACGAACUCCAGGUCGGGUCCCAGAGUAGUGCCACCCAGGUAGAAAUGGACGCCUGCACAGAGACGACCCCACUGUGAGUGAAAGACCUGGUGCACCACAUUGGCACUACAAUGUGUUUCCUUUCUACAAAAGUUCAUUUUGUAAAUCAGUUGUUGAAUGUCUCCACAAAGCAGUAUUCAGGAUGACAAUUACUCGUAUAAACUUGAUGAGUCUCCUUUGUAAACACAAACAUUGUAACUCAAUCAUCUAUACAGACACACUCAUUGAGAGUCAGCUGUACAGCGACACACAUUUUGAGUCACCGGUUAAAACAGACACAAACAUUUGAGCCACCUAUUUUAGCUGACACACAUUUUGAGUCCCCUGUUAAAACACACCUACACAAUGCGAGUUAAAUAUAUAAUACUCUUUUUUCAAAUUAAUACAUGUUUUGAUCGAGUCACCUGUAUGAACUCACACAGUGACACACAUUUUGAGUCACUGGUACAAAAAAUAUUUUACACAUGUUAUUAAGCCGGUACUCCUACAUAACAAUGACUAUAUAUCGGUGUGUCUGCAGAUUAUCUGGUUUUCAAUCAAGGCUCAACAAUCAAACUGCUUUUUGAUCAAGUGGUGUUUGCAUGUGAUAGUGACAAUUAUUACCCUGUGAUAUCGGUUACAUUGACAAUGGGUACAAUGUUAGACUUGAUAAGAGUUUUAUUUAUUUCUCAAUACAAAUUAUGUAUGCCAGAACGGAAGAUAUCGCCAGAAUGGGAAAGUGAAUAUCAUAUGUGUGUGAGUAAAUUCAAGGAAAUCAUAGUGAUACAUCACUCUCUUUGUGAAUUAAUCCCUAUUUAAUUGAACCCAUAUUGUACUAAUUAAGCUUCUUUAUAUACUGUCAAGGUUGUAUUUUCGAAGGGCUGUAAUUUUCGCGGUUUCUGCAGUAACAAUUUUGCCAUGAAAAAUAGAAAGCACAUUAAACCCUCAUCACCAUAUAGCAUUUUGUGCGAUUGGCUCUUAAACUUGAAAUCUGCUAAAAAUAGAUCCUAUGAAGCUGACCAUUUUAGCAAAUCCACAAAAAUUAGAGACCACGAAAACAGAGACUUUUACAGUACUUUCAGGUCAAGGUUUUUUUUUUUUUUUUUGCCAUAAUUAGAUCUACUUAGAUGGUAUGACAGAUGGAUACUGUGUGUCAAAAAUGUGGUAUGUGUCUAUCUAACGAUCAUUCACUUGAAUUCCACAAACGAUCACUAAAGUAAAUACUGAUUUUUAUUGUCACAUUAAAAAUAUAGACAUAUCAUGUUUCCAACAAAAAAGAAUGAGUUAUUUAAAAAGAGUCAAAACAUUUCUGGAAAAAAAUAUCAAUGAAUGGAUUCCAGUAUAUGUGUGGAAGUAAACAUGUGAAACACUGGCGUCCCUCUUAGGAUUUUUUUUUUUUAUAUUAGCAAAAGUUAAUUUGAUCGCCAAUGAAACAAUGGUUAUCUGAAGACUGUAAAAUAUUCACCAAUUUUCAAAUGUUUAUUACUGCUACCAAUAUUUAAGAAUGAAAAAUGUAACUAGAAUAUUUGCUACGAUGACAAAACUCCAUCAGAUCGUGUACCAGAGCAAAAUACACAUGAAUGAUUUUGGAAACUCAAGUGUUUUCCAAAAUGUUGGUGCUAUAUAUGAUAAUAUUUGCUUGUCAUGUCGGCUUAGCAACUUUUCUGACGGACGCCAUGUUGUAUCUGUCAGUAGAAUUUUUUUGACCAUUGCAAUUCUCAUCAGAUGUCAUCAGACGGUGAAGAGUAAGUGACUUUGUGAACACCGUUCAGUGCACCUACAACAAACAUCCUUCUGACUCUGAUAAUUUCAUUUUUGUUUUGAAUACUGUUCGGUAUAUCUGUAACAAACAUCAGCUUGAUUCAGAUUUAACUCAUUGCUUGAACAUCUAUACCAAUAUGCCCACCUUUCAUUUUCAUUUUCGAAAACACUUUCCCCAUGAUGCUUUUGAGUUUUUAAAAUCAUUCAGUCCUAACAGCACCAGAAAUGACCAGCUGCUGGUUUAAGCAGUAGACAUUCUCAAAUGUAUCAUUACUCCAUUUGACAUGAUCGUAUUUUAUUUUGCAAUAUAAGUUUGAUUUUUUUUCUUCCAAUUUCCAUGAGAAGUUUCAGUCAAACUUCAAUCAUUGCAGACUCAUGUCCUCUUAUUAAAAUCUACUAUCUGUAUAUUUAAGAAAUAAAAUAUAAUAAUUAAGACCUUGUUUUAAU